AUGCAGUUUCCUGAAAAGAUCAUAAAAGGAAAAGAUACGGUUGUGGUGGGCCCUAAUGGUAGUAGGAUAUUAAGAAAAAAAUACGAAACAAUCGAUUUUAAAAAUUACAACAAAGCCACGAGAAAAUUGCUGUCGUAUUUUUUCCCUAGAGACAUCUUAGCCUCGUCAUCUUUGAGCGGUAGACAGAGUCCUGCAUUUUUGGAUGCCAAGAAACCCUUAAAACAAAAGUGA